AUGGCUCUUGAAGAUGAGGAAAAUAAAGUUGAGGUUAGGCCGUCGUCGUCUUCCUUUGAAGUGACUGGCGAUCUAAAGGUGGAGUGGUAUCCUGGCAGCAUCCAGGUGGAUACUGUCCUCCAUAAAUGUUGUACCAUUUGGGGUCAGGCCCUCAAAAAGAGUUUUACCCCCAACUAUAAGAAAUACUGUCGUACCAAUAAUGUCUUGUCAUGGUAUCAAGGACUUCAUCUUGCUGUGACAGAGAGGGUGGACCUGACAAACCUUGGUUGUACAGCUCAGGUAGUUUCACCAAAGCUUGAUACACCUGUAGUUCAUGCUCUUACGGACCGUUGGUGGCCAUCUACCCACACCUUCCAUCUGCCUGCUGGGGAGGUAACCAUCACUCCUUUAGACUUUUUUAUGAUCAUGGGGAUCCCUUUCUCUAGGAGACCUAUUUCGCUGACUCACUCUGUUCAGAUGAAAUCCCUUGGGGAGAUUAGUGACCUCCUGGAUUACAAAGCGACUUCCUGCGUCAUUCUCUUGACCACUAUGAAGAAAGAGUGGGACAACCAGGUAAUUGAUGAUAGCUCCCCUAAAGAGUUAUUCGAUCAAGCUGCUAAGAGUUUUCUCCUCUAUCUUGUCUCCAAUGUCCUCUUCUGUGAUGGAGGAGGGCGCAGAGAUACUUUCCUUGCUUGCUUCUUUGAAGAUUUUGAGGAGGCAGAGUCCUUUGAUUGGGGCGGGUCUGUUUACGCCCAUUUCUUGAAGAUGUUGGAUCGCCUUACUUUCAGCGUGCCCGGCUUGAUUGGCUGUGCCUAUGAUCUUUGGGUAUGGUGUUACGAGGUUCUGGGGAUUCAUGCCCCUUGUCUUCCCAAUGAAGCGGCUCCUUACAUCCCCCAAGCAACUCGUUGGGGGAAGGCCAUGUGUUCUUUUAUUGAUGAGCUGCAAUACCUAGGCCGCCGUCCGAUUCUUGGCGAGUACGGAUUACCUCCUUCUCAUGGCUACAGUGUGAAUUCUUGCCCCUCCCAUGCUGUUGCUAAUAGUUUGCCUAUCGCGCAAAUGGGUAACCUCAUCCCAGGGUACCGGGAUGGACCAUCCCUUCCAGAUUGA